GAGAGAGAGAGAGCGCGCGAGCGAGAGAGAGAGAGAGAGAGUGAGUGAGUGAGAGACUCAGAGGUUGAGAGAAAGAGAGCGCGAUCUAAAGCCUUCUGGAGCUUAUAGCGUGUACUUCAUAGGUGUUUUCCGAGGCUUUGGGAUAAAGACUGUUAGUUUUUCAGCAGGACUACGACCUUGGCCCAGCGCCUGGGUAGGCCUCACGUCUGAAACCUCUGCUUUUCUGUUGGUACGCUGUCAUGGGGAACCUCCUUAAAGUUUUGACAUGCACAGAUCUUGCCCAGGAACCCAACUUUUUCCUCGAUUUUGAAAAUGCCCAGCCCACAGACGCAGAGCAGGAGACGUGGGAGGAAGUGGAUGUGGUCCUGAAGGAUGCGCUGGGAAUACUCGACGAACUACAGGCGUAUAAAGGCGCCGGGCAAGAGAUACGAGAGGCAAUCCAGAAUCCUAAUGACGAGGCAUUACAAGAGCAAGCAUGGGCUGCUGUGGUGCCACUUGUAGGCAAACUGAAGAAGUUUUACGAAUUUUCACAGAGAUUAGAAGCAGCACUGCACAGUCUGUUGCGAGCGCUCACCAGCGAAACGUACGAUGACCCCACGCAGCACCUGGAGAGAGAGCAGGCCCUUGCCAAACAGUUUGCCGAGAUCCUGCACUUCACGCUACGCUUCGAUGAGCUUAAGAUGACAAAUCCUGCCAUUCAGAAUGACUUCAGUUAUUACAGAAGAACGCUGAGCCGCAUGAGGAUCAAUAAUGUUCCUGCGGAGGGAGAAAACGAGGUGAAUAAUGAAUUAGCCAAUAGGAUAUCUUUAUUUUAUGCUGAUGCCACGCCUAUGCUGAAGACACUGAGUGAUGGAAUGACAAAGUUUGUAUCGGAGAAUAAGAACUUGCCCAUUGAAAAUACCACAGAUGUAUUAAGCACAAUGGCAAGCAUUUGCAAAGUAAUGUUGGAGACCCCAGAGUAUCGAAGUCGCUUCAGCAGCGAGGAAACCGUGUCCUUCUGUCUACGCGUCAUGGUUGGGGUCAUCAUCCUCUAUGACUACGUUCACCCUGUUGGUGCUUUUGCCAAGUCCUCCAAAAUAGAUAUGAAAGGAUGCAUUAAAGUGCUCCGAGAUCAGCCGCCAAACAGCGUGGAAGGUCUUCUGAAUGCUCUCAGGUACACAACAAAACACCUUAAUGAUGAGUCAACCACUAAGACUAUUAAAAGCAUGCUGCAGUAGCAACAAACUCUGGGAGAUAUACAGUAAAGUACCACUGGCCCUCAACUUAAUGCUCAGGAGAUGCACACACAAACUCUCUCCCCUCCUCUUUCUCCUGGACUAAAGCCAUGCACAAAAAUGUUUUUAUUAAAACUUAAAAAAAAUCAGACAGAAGCUUCUCUACUCUUUUUGUUGUGUUUUUACAAGACGCUACUGGCUUUAUGUGUGGCUUUCUGUGCCAAAAUGGUUUCGCUAAAAUCCUCGGUUUUUAACAUUUCUGAAAUUCAGCCAUGCUACUGAUGGCAGCUAUGAAAGCAUUGUUAGAUUAUGUUUGUGGUUCUUGUAUUAAUUUAGAUGGUUUUCCGAUAAAGGGAGGGUGAGUGUUUUGACUUGAAUAUAAAUAUAUAUGUCUAUAUAUAUAUAUUAUCUGGAUAAACACAUUAUAUAAAAAGAGAGAAAUAUAUUAUUUUUGUUUGAAUUAAUAUUUAAUGUUACAUCCACUGCAUGGCAAACUGAUCAUGUCUCUUCUAUUUAAAAGAAUUAAUCUUUCAAAUUCAUUUUGUCAUGAUUGUGUAUAAAAAAAACGCUGUUUAUGUUUUAAAACUGAAAUGGUACUUGGAGAUUGCAAAUGGAAACUUUUAAAUUUGUAUAUUUUUUAUAGGUUUUGAUUUGUGUUUAUGUUUAACAUGUGUUUAUGUUUAUAGUGUUAUAAUUUUCUUUUUUUCAGUUCUUGAACUCGCUUUCAAAAACUGUGAUAGAUUGUAAUGUGUUGAGUGUCAGAUGUGAUGACAUGAUUUAAAGAGAAAAUUAAAUGCUUUUGUUUUUAUAACGUU